UCUAAAAAUAUCAAAAUGUUUAAUUUAAAAGAUAUUAGAGCAAUGUAUGCAAAAUUAAAUUCUGCAUGGAAAAUAUAUGAAGUGAAAAAAUUUAAUAAUAAAUGUAUUUUAAAAAAUGAAUCAUACAAGGAAUUAUCUGUUAUUUCUAAUAUGACACAAUAUAUGUCAAAUGGAAUUUGGAACUUACUUUAUAAUAACAAUUUUGAAGGAAUGUCAGAAAUAUGUUGUAUACGUUAUACAAAUAAAGAUCAAUUAUUAUUAUUCUUUGAUAUAAUGCAAAAAUUUCAAUAUAUACAAUAUUAUAGUGAUUUAAUUAAGAUUAUUGUAGAAGAUAUACUUCCUAACAUGAAGACCUUCUUUGAUUAUACACAAUUGGAAUACGUGAAAAUUUAUAAAAUGAUUUCUAUUCUCUAUCAAGGUUUAGAUCCAAAAAUUCCUAUUUUAGUAAGAAUUAAUAAAUAAAAAUUAUGAUAAUCGUUAUUAUUAUAAAAUUACCUAGAGACUGAGUGAAUGAGUGAGUGAGUGAGAGAGAUAGUGAAAGAAAUAUAUAUUCGUUACUAUAGCAAUUAGAAAACACAAUGGAUAUUAUUUUAUAAAUACAGUGUAUAAUUUUAUAAAUUAAUGAAAUAUUUUAAUAUGAUUUUUAAUGCCAAUAAAAUAAAUAUAAUUAAUUAUAA